AUGUUACCUCCUUUAGAAUAUUUGACAUUGUUUAUUAAAUCUAAAGUUACAGUUAUAAUGAAAGAUGGGGAAAUUUAUAAUGGUCUGCUAGAGGGUGUAGAUAACCAUAUUAAUAUUAUGAUAUCUGACUAUAAUGAAAAUAUGAAUAACAAAAUAAUGUUCAUAAGAGGAGAAAAUAUAUGUUGUAUAGGUGAGAAAAUGUAA